AUGAAUCAAUUCUGGCUUGCCUUUUUCUGCGUUACGGCCUUCGUGGCUUCUGCUAUCAGCGUUGACGUUAUUUGCAAUGCGGGCCGAGGCUUACAGACUUAUGCCCCGGACCCGAGCUACGUUACUUGCUAUACCGCUGUUCGUAAUCAGAAUCCGCAAGAAUUUAAGUGCCCCUGGAAUCGGUGUACCCAGGCCUCAGGUCAGAAUUGUAUAGUCAAUAACCAUAAAUGGAACGAUCCGACUGUUAGUUUCACUUGCGAUAAAGAUUACGUUCUGAACCCUGGUGUCGGCGAACAGAUCGGGUGUGAUGUAAAUGCAGACUAUGCCCGCAAGUGCCCUGGAGGUAACGGAAAAGAUUGUAUAGCCUCAGGCUCAGACAGCGGCAGUCACUCGGCUACAUGUGUGAAAAUCAACGUCCACUCCCAUUGCGGUGGUUGUGUUGCCUUUUAA